GCCGGAUGGUAGACACGUCUCAGUAGUCGACAGGUCUAUCUGACGGUCUGUCCGCAAACAAAGGGGCGCCUUUAUUCUGGAGUUGUUUGUGUCGCUGCGAUAUUAGUAAGCAGAGAGGGUGAAGUGCCCCUUUUGAUGGUUGACGAUGAAUAGAAUUUGUGAUUGACGAUCAUCGAGUACGUGAGCCCAGCGAUCUUUUUGUUGAAGUGGUCGUCGAACUGCCGACAGAAUCGCACUCCAGUUUAUUCAUUUGAUUGGCUGCACAGCUACAUCGUGAAAUAGCCGGGGGAAAACGUCACUGACAAGGUGACGUUCUGUAGAAUUCGUUUAGUCCCGAGCGAACGCAACAUACCUGUAGGACACGGGACGUCUCGCUCUACAAGAACCGCGUCCUGCAGUCCGCAGCUUGCCACUGCGCGUGCGUUCUGUACGCUGCAACUCUCUUCUCUCAACGUUCUUCUUCUGACCACUGCGUGGAUACCUGACUGCACGAACAACAUCUGAAGCUGUUAUCGGUCGUCGUGGAUCGAGGCUUUUCGUCACUUGAAGGGCGACUUCUGUCGAUUCCUUUCCUGAAGACGCGGGGGGAAAAAUCUUUCAUAGAGUGCACACUCAAACCGAAACUGAUUGAUGUGAUCGUGACAUUCCUGUUCACAUCGCGGUUUGGUGAUAAUCCCAAACUCGAGUCGGAGGCCCACCUGUACGUGACACCAGAUCCGCCCCGCGGCUGCUUACCUCUCCAAUCGUCGAGUGGCUCCUUGGUAACCUCAGGACUGGGGCAACACUUUCAGCGUGACGCUCGAGUUGGUCAGCUGCGAAUUUAUACUGACUAUAAGUGGUAUGGCACUGUGAAGAACAGAGUUCGCCCUGUGUGUGAUGGCACCCAAGAUCCCAUAACAUCACUCUCACUACGAGUCGCUUCGGUGGAUUUUUGAAUAUUUACUUAUUUAUUGCAAUCAAAUGGAAUAAGGCUUCGCCGAAAUCAUCUCGUCUGUUGGGACUGUUUCUCGCAGCACACAGGGGAGCGGUUGUUGGUUGUUGCAAGGGAAUAUUUGUGAUUUGUGUCGGAGGCGAUCGACUAAGUGAUCGAGCUAUGUCCAGCAGGAGAGGAAGCAAAGUACUUGGCAACGCCCGCGAUCGCCGGAUGUCAGUGGUGGCCGGGCAGGCUGGACCUCCUAAUCGCACGAGAAAGAAAAGAGAUGGAACACCAGACAAGUCAGCAACCCCAUCUCAAGAGGCUCAGGAUGAAAACCGGCCACCAUCGCGACAAAUCAUAUGGGAUGCAGAGAUAGAAAAGCUUCAGAUCAAGCCAGAUGACCUUGAAAAGGUGCGAGUGCCCAAGUCACCAUCUAGCCCUCCUCCUUCCUUGGUGACUGUGACUGUACGCAAGACAAAACCAGCCUCUGAGCUGAAUAAGUCCAAAAUAAAACAAGUGAUGGUGGCCAAAGCAGCACCACCAGAUGCUCCACUGAAACCAAUAGACUAUUCAGGACAUGCUGGACCACGCUAUGACUCUGCUGGUCGGGUGAUUCACCACAGCAUUCUUGGAACUUACGAUGAAUAUCGCCAUGAAGCCACUAUAAGAGGUGACUUACUGGACAUUCCAACUCCCCGAAUAGUUGAUGGAUUCUCUGAUGAAAAGCCUACGCUGAAAUAUGAGAAAAAACUUCAUCAUGUUAAGAAGCAGCAAAGUGAGGUUGAAGAGAGCAAUGCUUUGAGGAACUGGCAACUGAAGAUGCUUGAAAGGAAACGACAGCAAGGCUAUAUCUCCAAGCUGCUGCAGAAGCCACCUGAGGACCUGGCGAUGAAUCGUACAGAGACAUACCGAAAGACGCAAGAAGACCGAUACCUUAUAGACCGUACUAUUCCUUUUAUAGACAAUGGCAAAGGCUAUCGAAUUGGCAGUGAGUUCUGGAGACAACAGGAAAGGAUAGGGGAUGAACUGGCUGGAAUCCAUGUAACACUAACACAAACAGAGUGUGGGUACCCACCCCCUGUUGAGCAUAUCGGGAUUCCACAAAACGUGCGACAAGAAAAGGGCAUGACCUGGGACCAGGAUUAUUCCUCACCUGUGCAUCACAGUUGGCAAUCCUCAUCCUAUCUCCAUGCCAGACUCAAACUCUUGCAGCCAGUGAUAAAUGAGCUGGACCCUCACAAACCAGAUUUUUCUGGCCUGGAAGUGAUUGGCACAAACAAUCCAUACAAGAAAGAUCAUGAAAAGGAUAAAGAUAACAUCUUGCACAUGAACUAUGAAGGCCAGGCAGCUUUUGAUCAGCCUUCACAGAUGACAAAGGCAUCUGACGUAAACAUCUCUUACGAUGACCGUCUACAUGUGAGGUCACCCCCGUUUUUUGGACCAUCCUUAAUAUUUGCUGGCCAAGUAGCACGCUGGACUGGAGAUGGGGACAGCAUGGUUAACCAGGUAGGGAUUGAAGCACGCAUAAUAUUUGAGGCCUACACUGGUAAACGAGUUAUUUCCUAUCUGGAGGUCAUCAAUGAUGGAACUACAUCUGUCUUCUAUGACUGGAAGAAACUGGCCAAAGAGAAUGUCUUCAACCUGGUGCAGCGACCAGUACAGAAGUUCUAUUUCAACGACAGUAGUGGUGUGAUCCUCCCAGGUGAGAUCCUGAAGGUGCCGUUCAUGUUCAAGUCGGAGUGCGCAGGUGUGUAUACUGAGCAGUGGGUGAUGGAGACACGGCCCGUGCUGUGUGGUGGAGCGGCGCUAGUGGUGGCACUACGUGGGGUGUGCUUGCAGGAGGAUACCUUCCAGCAGCAGCGGCGCGAGCUGGAGCACGACCUGGAAAAGAAGCAGUCCCAGCAGGUUGUCAGGCAGCUCGUGGAGGAACUGGUUUCCGGCAUUCGCACGCCUGAGCGGCCUCGCUCUCCUGUUGAUGCCUAUAUCACCGAGGAGGAGCUCUUCCACCGCCAUAACCCAGGGCUGUCCUACUGCCAUGCCUUGGUGCAAGAACUGAAACAGAUACACAGCCAGCUGUUUACAGAGGAAGAGCGGGAAUACGCCAUAUGGGACCUGAGCGUGCUGGACCUGGAGGACCUGAUCAUGGAGCUGGAUGAAGAAGACGAAAGGAAGGAAGAUCUGUUGGCGCGGCUGAACGCCGCCGUCGCCAAGCUAACCUUCACCCCGCAGCUCCCUGUGCAGCAAAGGAAGGAAAACAUUUGUCACCAGCUUCUUGCCGAAGCCGUUGACGCCAUUGUUGGCCAAUCCAUGCUGCUUCGAAGUAUGCUGGGACUGCCUCCCCGGGACAUAGGUGAUGCCAUGGACGAUACCGACACCAAAAAGGGGCAGCGACCUGGUGACAAAGGAAAACCGGAAAAAGCUGAGACCUCCAAGGACAAAAAACCUGCAGCUCCUGGCGGUGGGACUGUUGCUACCCCGGCCGCUGCUGCUGCCACCCCUGUCAAGGCAGGGAAAGGGCAGAAAGAGGCACAGAAAACUGAACCCAAAGGGAAAGUAGGUGCCGGUAAGAAAGUAGCGGGCCCAGCGCGGUCCACAGGAGCGACACCUGCCGGAGGAAGUGAACCUCCAACAGCCUCUUCCACUUCGCCGCCUCGUACCCCCGAAUCCUUGGAACAAGACAUCGCCAUAGACCACAAAUACCGGGAGAAGCUGGCUGUUCAGGCAUUUCAGAUCUUGGGAGACAAGGUGGCCAAAAUGGAAUCCAUCUUCCAGGCUAUGGGGAAAUUGGAGCUGGGCGUCACAUUCACGCAGCGGAAGUAAUAUUCGUCCUCCGACUGUCUCAGUUUUGAGAGUUCUUACGCGUUGCAACUUCAUAAACAGAGAACAUUAUUCUCCAACUUUUUUAAUCGUUUACUUCAACGCUGUAACUCUACAUGUACGCCGUUGUCAGCAGAUUUUGACAGAAUAGUUGUUUGCUGCUGAUGAGUGGGUUUUAUACAAGACGAAUGCAAAGUAAAUAUUUGUUGUUAAUAUUA